UCAGAUGAGAUGUGGUUCAUCCGUGAACGCUAAGGGGAGAUCGGUUGAGUGGCUGUUGGCUUUACACUAAGAUGUCAGCGGCGGCUUCUCUGCAGUAAGCACUUUGAGGUUAUGCUGCCUAUAAACUCCUGUUUGAGUCUCAGUGAGAAAGAGAAAGGCUAAAGCCUCUACAGAUUUGAGUGUUGUCCAGCGUCUCCUGUGCUGCUCCACCCCAGUCUCCUGACGUCCACCAUGAGUGACCCCGUGACUUCAGAUGAACUCACCAAAGCUGUGGCGUCAGUCGUUCACAACCCCGAGUCUUCGACCUCAUCUGUCCGAGUGCCACAGAGGGAAGAAGAGGAGGAUGGUGACCUGAACAAGGCAUUAGGUGUUCAGCGCUUCCAGCAGAUUCUGAGCCCCACUCCCAGAGUUCCCGGCGAGCAGCACCGCACCUACAAUGAGAAAGAUUUUGAGUAUCACCGUCACUCCUCCCAUCACAUCCACCAUCCUCUGUCCAAACUCCCGGGAGAUGGCAGGAGGAAGAAGAGUGGGAGGAAGAGGAGGAGGAGCAGCAGUAAAGAGCACAGAGCGUGUUCAAGCCCCAGCGGUGCUUUGGCCAUCGAGGAGGGUGAAGAUGAGGAGGAGGAGGAAGAGGAAGAAUCUACAGAAGGCCAGAGCGCCACCCCAACUCCCACAACAGACGCUGAGAGGAAAGACAGUGUUCAGUUCUUCGUGUCCGAUGAUGACCCUCAUGUGUCCACCCCUGAGACUUCAGAUCCUCUCCCUGCCCGAGGAAUCCUGAUCGUCCCCUCGUCUGCGGUGUGUUCGGAGCCCCAGGACAGCACAUCCACUGAAACGCCUGAACCUGGUCCUCCGACCCCUAGCGCCACUGAGCCCAGCUCUCUGCCCCGUGUGUCGAGUCGCAGCUACGACCUUCAGGAGAGACGUCGCACGGGCAACAUGACGGGGACCGAGCAGGCCAAAUACCAGCGGAUCCCCACUGAUGAGUUUGAGGCUCGGACCCUGGCCUCGGCUGACCUGGAUGGCAUUAAAAGCCAUCGUUUUGAAGAUGUUCCUGGAGUGCGUCGACACCUGGUCAGGAAAAGCACAAAGGGUCAAGUGGUGCACAUCAGCAAAGAUCACAAAGAACCCAGCACACGCACUCGCAAACUGGACCGAACGCCACAUGAGGUGUUUGUGGAGCUGAAUGAGCUGAUCAUCGAUAAAAACCAGGAGAUGCAGUGGAGAGAAACAGCCCGCUGGAUCAAGUUUGAAGAGGACGUGGAGGAGGAGACGGACCGCUGGGGGAAACCACACGUCGCCUCGCUGUCGUUCCGCAGUCUGCUGGAGCUGAGGAAAACCAUCUCUCAUGGAGCUGUGCUUUUGGACUUGGACCAGAAGACACUACCUGGUAUCUCCCAUCAGGUGGUGGAACAGAUGAUCAUCUCAGACCAGAUCAAAGCUGAGGACAGAGCCAAUGUCCUCCGCGCUCUCUUACUCAAGCACAGUCACCCGAGCGAUGAGAAAGAGCACAGCUCCCCGUUCCCCAGGAACAUCUCGGCUGCCAGCCUGGGCUCCCUGAUCACUCAUCACCAGAGCAGCAAUAACCACCUGUCCGUCCCCGAACCCUCCGUCACAGAGCCACUCAUGGGCUCCUCAAGGGCCAGUCAAGACAGCACUCUUCAUAUUGACAUAGAGAAGAACGAGAAAGAUUCAGCUCCACCUAUAGGCAUGCACAAAUCCAAGUCCAAACAUGAACUUAAGCUUCUGGAGAAAAUUCCUGAAAAUGCUGAAGCCACCGUCGUACUCGUUGGCAGUGUGGACUUCCUGGAGCAGCCCACCAUGGCAUUUGUUCGACUGCAGGAGGCUGUAGAACUGGCCUCAGUGUUGGAAGUAUCCGUUCCUGUUCGGUUUCUCUUUGUGCUGCUUGGUCCUCCCAGCACCAACAUGGACUACCACCAGAUCGGACGUUCCAUUUCCACACUCAUGUCUGACAAACAAUUUCAUGAAGCUGCAUAUCUGGCAGACGAUCGGCAGGACCUGCUCAACGCCAUCAACGGCUUCCUGGACUGCAGCAUCGUGCUCCCUCCAUCAGAGCUGGGCGGAGAAGAGCUCCUGCGCUCCGUCGCUCACUUCCAACGAGAGAUGCUCCGCAAGAGAGAGGAGCAGGGGGGGGCCAUGCUGUCCAAAGAGCCCAAGAGCCUCGAAGACAAAGAGGCCUUGCUGGCGCCCUUUAAACCAGAAGACGACCCUUUAAGACGCACAGGCCGUUUAUUUGGUGGACUGAUCCGUGACGCCCAGCGCCGUUACCCAAAGUACAUCAGUGACUUCAAGGAUGCGCUGAACCCCCAGUGCAUGGCUGCUGUCAUCUUUAUCUAUUUUGCUGCUCUUUCUCCUGCCAUCACGUUUGGAGGCCUUCUGGGUGAGAAGACUGAAGGGCUCAUUGGCGUGUCGGAGCUGAUAGUGGCCACAUGUAUUCAGGGUGUGUUGUUCUGUCUGCUCGGAGCCCAGCCUCUUCUGGUGGUGGGCUUCUCUGGACCAAUCCUGGUGUUUGAAGAAGCCUUCUUCUCUUUCUGUAAGGGCAAUAAUAUGGAGUACCUGACAGGUCGCGUUUGGAUCGGUUUUUGGCUCAUCAUCAUCGUGGUGUUGAUGGUGGCAUUUGAAGGCAGCUUCCUGGUUCGAUUUGUCUCGCGUUUCACCCAGGAGAUCUUCUCAUUCCUCAUCUCUCUCAUCUUCAUCUACGAGACCUUCUCGAAACUGAUCAAGAUAUUCCAGGAACAUCCUCUGAGACGCUGCUCUGCUAUGGUGGUUGAUGUGAAUGAUUCAAUGUACAACUCGAGCACUUUAAGUCCAUUAGUGGCGAACAGCAGUACGCCGGAGACGCUGAAGGUGGUCGGUGAACCUAAUACUGCUCUGCUGUCCUUUGUGCUCAUGUCUGGGACCUUCUUCAUCGCCUUCUACCUGCGCAAGUUCAAAAACAGUGCCUUCUUCCCUGGCAGGUUGAGAAGAGUUAUUGGAGAUUUUGGAGUUCCUAUUGCCAUCCUCAUCAUGGUUCUGGUAGACUACAGCAUUCAAGACACGUACUCACAGAAACUUAGUGUCCCGCGAGGUUUUUCAGUGACGAGUCCUGAUAAGCGUGGUUGGAUAGUCAAUCCUCUGGGCAGUGAUGGUCAGUUCCCCAUCUGGAUGAUGUUUGCCAGUAUCCUUCCCGCUCUGCUCGUCUUCAUCCUCAUCUUUAUGGAGACGCAAAUCACCACGUUGAUAGUCAGUAAGAAAGAGCGCAUGCUGGUCAAGGGUUCUGGUUUCCAUCUGGACCUGUUGAUCAUCGUGACUCUGGGCGGCACCAGCGCUCUGUUCGGCCUGCCGUGGAUGGCCGCGGCCACCGUGCGCUCCGUAACCCAUGCCAACGCCCUCACCGUGAUGAGCAAAGCCGUCGCCCCAGGAGACAAACCUCGAAUCCAGGAGGUCAAGGAGCAGAGGGUGACCGGGUUACUGGUGGCGAUACUUGUAGGUCUCUCAAUAGUAAUCGGUGAUCUGCUCCGUCAAAUCCCAAUCGCUGUGCUGUUUGGCAUCUUCCUGUACAUGGGUGUGAUGUCACUGAAUGGCAUCCAGCUGACAGAACGGAUCCUGCUCCUGCUGAUGCCCCCAAAAUACCACCCCGACCACACUUAUGUGCGCAAGGUGCGGACCCUGCGUAUGCAUCUGUACACAUUGAUACAGGUGGUGUGUCUCGCUAUCCUCUGGGCGGUCAUGUCCACCGUGGCGUCGCUGGCUUUCCCAUUCGUUCUCAUCAUGACCGUCCCUGUAAAGAUGUUUCUUCUGUCACGGAUCUUUAGCCCUCGGGAAAUGCAGUGUUUGGACGCUGAUGAUGCAGAGCCCACUUUUGACGAGAAGGAUGGACACGAUGAAUACACAGAGAUGCACAUGCCAGUCUGAGCCACGACCUCACCUGUCUUCCUGUCA